GUUUUGAAACUAACAUGGUUUAGUCCACUCGCUGCAUGUUGGGUAAAUUCAAAACCCACAUGCUCGUCCCCUUGCAGUGGAAUAAGUCACAUCUGAUGGACAUUUUCUGUGCUUAUAGCAUAGUAAUGAACGUCUGACAGGCGCGACCUUUCAUAAGACAACCCACACCAUUGGCUUUCUGCCCAGAAUAUUGCUGCAACACUAUCUGUGAUUGGUUACCUCUCUAUCAUGCAUUGCUCCACAAGGGGAAACGGCCCCCUUUUUUAAUAAAAAUCUCCGAUGGCUGGCUGCAAUAUGCCUCACUGUUGGUACUAAAGAAGUGCCUUUCCUGACGUCUCUGCUGCUUGGAACCGCUUCUAGAGCAGUCUCUGCUUUUGCCUUGCUUGCUGCCAGCUAGACUGUGAAGACAGCACAUACACCCUCCACCUCUAGCCCAGACACCCCCAUUUCUACUUAGAAAUCAAGAGAAAAAAAGCUCUAAGUAUCUGGCAUUGCCCUAGGCUGCUUUAGUUUUUUUUUUUUUUUUUUUGAAAGAAAAGUUUGCUGGAAAAAAAAGUCAGAUCUCUUCUGCCAGGAAAUCAAGGAGGAAAACAAGCAAACAAACAAAAAUCAUUUUUUUUUCUCGAUUUUGCUCUAAACUGCUGCAUCUGUCUAUGCCAAACUAAUCAAUACCGAUUGCACCACCAAACUCCAUUGCAAAUUCAGCUGUGAGGAGAUUCCCUCUCACACAACUUUGCUGAGAGCAGCUUGGAAAAUCGGUGUCCAGGGGGCUGCCACGUUUUCAUGCUUGCAUUUUGGGCUCCAAUUGGCUCUGGGAAGGGGUUACUGAGAGCACAAGGCUGAUUCCGGGCCCUCCUUUUACAGGUUCAUCUACUUAAGAUCCUAGGAUUCCUCUAAAACAAAAACAAAACAAAACAAAAAAACACCCCCCAAAACCAAAACCUCUUUGAAUUAACAGUUUCAUGCUGUGAAUUUCUCGUGGGAGAUCUUUUCCUUGAUAUUGACAACACAGUUUUCCAUGUACUUUUAAAGCAGGGAGUGGGGGCAAAAGUCUUUUGGAGGGGACGUUUUCAUCAUCCUUUUACAGUUUGAUCAGUUCAGAAUUUUUUUUUUUUUUUAGUUGUUUUUGUGGUGUUUUUUUUUUUUUUGAGGGGGGUUGGGUUGGUUGGUUUCACUGAACAUUUUAACUACCUGUAAAAAUCUAAACAUGGCUGUUAGUGUGGCACCGAUUCGGGACACAAAAUGGCUAACACUGGAAGUAUGUAGAGAGUUCCAAAGGGGGACUUGCUCACGGCCAGACACGGAAUGUAAAUUUGCACAUCCUUCGAAAAGCUGCCAAGUUGAAAAUGGACGCGUAAUCGCCUGCUUUGAUUCAUUGAAAGGUCGUUGUUCCAGGGAGAACUGCAAAUAUCUGCACCCACCCCCACACUUAAAAACACAGUUGGAGAUAAAUGGGCGCAAUAACUUGAUUCAACAGAAGAACAUGGCCAUGUUGGCCCAGCAAAUGCAACUAGCCAAUGCCAUGAUGCCCGGUGCCCCGUUACAACCCGUGAACUUAAUGCACCAAUCAUUCCAAAAAAGAGGGGGGGAUUGCAUUUCGAGGUGGGAGGGAUCUCCAUAUCACACCGGCAGUGAUACCAAUUAUCAAUUCUAUACAGUUGAGCCAAUGUUUUCAGUUGCACCCAGCUUAGCCACCAAUGCAUCAGCAGCCUUUAAUCCCUACCUGGGACCUGUCUCCCCAAGCCUGGUUCCAGCAGAGAUCUUGCCGACUGCACCAAUGUUGGUUACAGGGAACCCUGGGGUCCCUGUCCCUGCAGCUGCUGCAGCUGCUGCACAGAAAUUAAUGCGGACAGACAGACUUGAGGUAUGUCGAGAGUACCAGCGUGGCAAUUGCAACCGAGGAGAGAGCGAUUGUCGGUUUGCUCAUCCUGCUGACAGCACAAUGAUUGACACCAAUGACAACACCGUCACCGUGUGCAUGGAUUACAUCAAAGGGAGAUGCUCUCGGGAAAAAUGCAAAUACUUUCAUCCCCCCGCACACCUGCAAGCCAAGAUCAAGGCUGCCCAAUACCAGGUCAACCAGGCUGCAGCAGCACAGGCUGCAGCCACCGCAGCUGCCAUGACUCAGUCGGCUGUCAAAUCACUGAAGCGACCCCUCGAGGCAACCUUUGACCUGGGAAUUCCUCAAGCUGUACUUCCCCCAUUACCAAAGAGGCCUGCUCUUGAAAAAACCAAUGGUGCCACCGCAGUCUUUAACACUGGUAUUUUCCAAUACCAACAGGCUCUAGCCAACAUGCAGUUACAACAGCAUACAGCAUUUCUCCCUCCAGGCUCAAUAUUGUGCAUGACACCCGCUACAAGUGUUGUUCCCAUGGUGCACGGUGCUACGCCAGCCACUGUGUCCGCAGCAACAACAUCUGCCACAAGUGUUCCCUUCGCUGCAACAGCCACAGCCAACCAGAUACCCAUAAUAUCUGCCGAACAUCUGACUAGCCACAAGUAUGUUACCCAGAUGUAGAAUUUUCAUCACUAAACAAUCAUACUAAAGAGGAAAGGACAGUGUGCUUGGAUAGAGUAAAGGACGAGGUCAUUAGCCAUAUUGUAUAUACCGUCAAGCAACCCCCACCAAAACCCCUCAGCCACAAGACAUCCACAUAUUGCAUGUUAACCAGAAGAGAAGACAACAUGGAAACCCACUGCACACUGUUGCCUAUACACUUUGUACAUUUAAUUGAUAUUCGUGCUGAGGUGAUAUACCUGUCUAUAAAAGAACAACAUCGUCUUUCUUUUCUAGCACAGGGUUAUGCAUUCAACGAUGCAGACCUAAUUAGUUUCCUAAUAGAUUCAUGCCAUCUUGAAAAGACAGACUAUGGUGUAACCACGAUUCUCUUAUGUAUUGGUACGUCUGUAGACCAAGGUAUAAUUUAAAAAAAAAAAAAAAGUUUAUUUCUUUCAAGGUUUACAAAUAACAAAGGUGCACCUUGUAUUUAAAAUUGCCAUUAGAGGUGAAGAGCGUGCAUGCACAGUCAUUUUUGUUUAAGAGUAAUAUUUUUAAUGUAAUAGAUUGUAAGAUGAGGUGAGGGAGGGAUCUGACAGAGAUGAAUGUGCCAAGCAAAACCACAACUGUGUAUCUUUUAAAGCACAUCAUGGCUUUAAGUACCAUGUUGUAAAGGAUUCUCAUGAAGUGCCAUAGACUGUACAUCAAAUUAGAGUAUUAUUUCUUCAGUGUUAUUGUUUUCAGAGCCACAUUUUGUUGCUUAUUUGCUAGUACUAAUCAGUCAAAGGGCACCAUUCUUUUUUUUUUCUUUUUUCUUUUUUUUUGGAAACCAAAGCUGUCUCAGAAAUGGCCAAUGUAACCACAGUAACAAUAGAACAGCACAACACCAUUUCUCUCAAUACCGAUAAACUCACACAUACUGGAGAUAUAUAUAAUAGAUAUAUAUAUAUAUAUAUAAUUAUUUUAAUGCAUUGUAGUGUAAUAUUUAUGCAUACUAUACUGUAUAACAUGAUAUUCAAAAGGGAUAUGCCAUUUCUGAGACACGAUUAACAAACAAAAAAAAUAUGUUUGAGGAAAUUAUUUUGCUUCUAUUUAUAGCUCUGUCAAAGUCAAAAGACUCUAAAUGCUUUGCAAAAAUGGUUCCAAGUUUGCUUAAAUGCUUCAUCACAGUCACGUUGAAAAUAGUGACUCUAAACAAAGAAGAAAGCAGCACUGUCAUCAGAUGCAUGAUAAACCAAAAUAUGAAAAUGGGAGGUGUUUCACUUACCUAGCAAUCGGGUGGGUUAUACGUACUUGGGGGGAUUUUAUACUUGAUUUCUUUUGUUUUUGUUCCAAUUAACUGCUUAUAGCCUUAGAAAGCCUUUUACAAAAUUAUAAAAAUAAAAUAGAUGUGCAUUCAGCUUUUAAGAAUGGAUUCAUCCAAAGGAAUUCCCUUUUUGUGGUUUGGGUGUUGCAGCUAGUAAGGGUAUUUUUGCUCUGGUCAGCGGUUUUGCAACCGCUGAAGUAGGGGCCAGGUUACUGGUAGUUAUAGUAUGGAAUGGGAGAGGCGAAAGUUCAGUUGUAGAACUUUCCAUACUUCCAAGUUUACUGCAAGUUUUUAUGCCUGAGAGAGAUGCUUUCUAAUAUAAGACUGAUGUGUUGAUUUUACUGAUUGUACUGUACAUCUAUUAAAGCCUUAGAUUAUUACAUUACGGGUUGGAACCCAUACCAAUGUAAUUUCAAUCGUGUUGAGAGAGUAAUGGUGACUUCACAUGUUAUUGUAGUUAGUUACAUUAUAGAAUAUUACUUAUUUUUCUUGUUAAAAUGUAGUUUUUCAUUUCCUACACUUCUUAGAUUUCAUUUUGUAUUAACAAUUGAAUACCAUUUCAGUUUAUAGACUCUUGUUUUAUUAGACUUUACUGAUGAAUUUUUCAAAAUACAAAAAAAAAAUUUAAAGUAGUUUUUCCUUCAUAACAUACUCAGUUUUGAAUUACAUGUAGUGUCAUAUGAAUAUUCGUAUUAUUGUUAACUAAAUGAUUUCUAUUUUACUGAUUUAAUAUUAAAGUGUAAGAAUGUCAGUCAUUGUUAGUUCUUGUCUAGUUUUCAUUAAAAGAACAAAGAUCUUUUAUAUGGAUAUCUUAUAAAUAUAUAAUCAUUGCUAAGUAAGAAGUUAAGUUGUUGCUAUCGCAACAAUCCUGGCAGACAAUUGAGUAAUAUUUUGAUGAUUUAUUUUGUUUGUAAUUAGUUAUUAUAAGAAGACCUAGAAUCUAGAUAUUAGAAUAAAAUUUAUUUUCUACUGUAUCCAUUUCAAAUGUUAAAGUAUUGUUUAAUAUUUUUGAAAUCCCUGAAUAUCAAGCCUUGUUAUAAAUAAGCUGCAUAAUCAAUAAAUAGAACAAGGGACUUUUUGUUGAUAAUCCAAAUACUCAAAGUUUACGUAAAUGAGAAUUCUAGCGUGUGUGCAAACUCUUGAGGGUUGAUUAUGCUGCAAUUGAGCAUGUUGGGACGUCUAGAGAGAAGGUUGACUUUUUGCACUUCUGUAUAUAGUCAAAAGAGAGAAACCUGUAUAAUAGUAAGAUCUUAUUUUGAAUAAAAACGUCUAUAAUUACAAGGAGUUUUGUUAAGGCUAAUAAAAUGAGACUGAGCAAAAUUGCUUGCAAAAGUGGCACCGAGUUAGCACUCCGUACCCCUUCAAACGUUGCUUUGCUUUUUUGUGGACAGCUUGUAGUUUGCCAGGAUUUUUUCAGCUGGAAAGAUAUGCCAUCCUUCCGAGAUCUCAUGACUGACAAAAACUCCACUGGGCCAAAUCUGCCUGAAGACCAUUACCAAAAAUAGCAGGUACUUCAACCAUUAAGGUGAAAUCAUGGAUCAGAUAUUCCCUACAUUUUUCAAAACUACUGCAUGUUUAAAGCUUCAACAACUACAACAACAAAAAAGAGAGAAAGAACUACACUAAGGACAUAUUAUUCUAAUCAGUUUCUGCCAAUUUCAGUGGUUUAUUGUUCACACACACACACACACACACACACCAAUCUUCAAAAACAAAUAAUGACUUUCACAAAAUUGAAACUAUAAACAGGCAAACCAAACAGCACAGCGUAGCUCUAGAUGUUAUGUGAUUGUUUUUUUAAUUGCUGUAGGAAGCCUGUUCUUUCAGCAGGUGAAAAGAGAAAACACUGUUCAAAGUUCAUGGUUCUAAAUUGGCAACUCAGAAGCACUCAAAAAAGCGAAUGUGAUCACGGGCACUUGUUGAAUGAAUCUGUGUGGCCAGCCCUCACGCCAGCUGGUUCCCACAUUGCACUUACCGGCAACCCCGCCCCUUUCAUCUGCUGACAGGACAGAUGUGCUUGGUUUUACUCUUAUGUAAUCACAACUUACUUUCUGCUUGUAGUUGCUUACAAUUAUGUAUUUUGUCUUGGGCUGCGAUUUGUUUUACGCCUCUUUUAUUAUUACCGCAGUAGUUGACUUUGCUGUAUGGAAAAAUAAAGUGAAAUUGCCCUAAUAAAACUUCUCUUUCUUAAGUA